AUGGCCGCGGACGGCUCCGUCGAAGUUUGCGCCCCGACCGCCCCGUCGAUGGAUUCCCAAGCCCCCCCGGACGCCUCCAGCGUGCCGGUCUUCGGAUCGGAUGCGCCCCGCGCCGGUCGGGCGUCCGAUCCUGACCAGGACGUGCGCGCCAAGGCGCCGCGCAGGGAGAGGCGGGCGGGGGAUGAGGGGGGCCCGGAGGGCGAGCCCGAGGAGCCACUGCGCGGGCUGUACUUCGUGCGGGUGCCCAAGCCGGAUUUGGGCGAUGAGGCCACCGUGGCGCGCCUGGAGCAGGAGUUCGAAGUCAGGGCCGCGGCGGCGGAGCUGCUCAAGGAGACGCGGAGGCUGAAGCGGAUUGAGAGGAACGAGGCGCACGCCAACACGCGCCGCGCGCUGGAAGCGCUCAAGGCCGCCAAGGCGCUGGUCAAGGCUAAGGAGGCAGACCUGCAGCCGUACUGGGACAGGGUGGUCGAGGCGCGCAGCGCCAGCCAGGCCCUGAAGGGAAGCCGGUCGGAGCUGGAUGCAGAGACGGAGGCCGACCUGGACAAGAAGAUCGCGGCGCUGGAGUACAGCAUGGAGCACGAGAGCCAUGGGCUGCGUGAGGAGAAGGAGCUCAUCGCGCGCAUCAGGAAGCUCAAGGCGCAGAGGCCCAAGGUUCGGGAAUACGAGGCCGCCCACCAGCACCUGCAGGAGAGGCGGGUCGCCUCUGACGACGUGCGGGGAUCAAAGGAGAGCCUGGAGAAGGAGCUGCGGGUGCUGCGGGACGAGCGCAAGCAGUGCGAGGAGGUGAAGAAGGGGCUGCUGGCAGUGGAGGAGAAGAUCAUGGAGGGGCUCAAGAAGAUCGAGGAGGAGGUGGACGAGGCGGUGACAGAGAAGAACGCCUGGCUGAGCAAGCUCAAGGAGGCCAAGAGUGCCCGCUGGGCGAAGAUGGCUGACUGGAACCAGAACAGGGACUUCAGCAGAAAGGUCAGGAACAUGGUGGCCGAGGGGCGCAUAGAGGAGGCCCAGGUGCUGUGCAACGAGUACAGCGAGAAACUGAUGGAAAAGCUGAACACCGACAAAGAGUACCGGACCAAGUACCUGACGCUGUGGGAGCGGCAGCGCAAGACGGCCAUGGUCACGACAGGCGUCAGCGACGCUGAUCUUGGCGUGGGUGGGGCGAAGCGGCAAGGAAAGAAGGCUGCUGCAGGGUCCAUCCUUGACAUACCACUAAAGCCCGGCCAGACAAGGGCUGAGGCUGUGAUCGAGCGGGCGCUGAGGGAGGCAGACGCGGAGCUGAAGGGCAUCAGACCAGCUGAUGCUGGGGCGGCUUCUGCAGAUGAUGCAGAGCCUGCCGAGGUGAAGGUUGCCAAGAAAGACAAGCCUGCGAAGAAGGUGGCUGCGCCAAAGGACAUGGGACGGUCUCUGGUGGUGGAAGACAAGGCGGCUGCCAAGGCAUCAAAGGUGGACACUACUUUUGAGAUCCCGGAGGCGAUCCGUGCCAAGGAGGAGCUGCCGGUGGUGGUGGCGCCAAAGGUGGCGCCAAAGGUGGAGGACCCCGAGGAGCUGCAGAAGCGGAAGGACAGGCGGAAGGCCCAGGCCGAGAAGCGGCGGCAGCGGGCGAUCGAGCAGAACAAGGUCCGGGAGGAGGAGAAGAGGCGGCUGAAGGAGGACUCAGAGUCCAAGGCCGCUGCGCGGCGCAGUGCGCAGGUUGAUGUGGCGGCUGACAUAGAGGCUGAGUCCACCCAGCCCGAAGGCAAGCAGGAGAGCAAGGUGAUGCAGAGGAGGCUGCCUGCCCAGCCUGCGGUGAAGAAGGUGUUUGACACCGGCCGGAAGCCUGCGCCAAAGAAGAAGAGGCAGGGAGCCAAGGGGGCCAUGCAGCCGGUCACCGACUGGGUCAAGAAGAACCCGAUCGCCGUUGGGGUGGGCAGCUUCCUGGUGCUGAUGCUGUUCAUUGUGCUCAUGUGGAUGACCACUUGA